AUGUUGAAAAGCCUAGGAGCACCGAUGACUAGUCAGUGUGUGAACACAUAUCGUGAUUUCCAGCAGGAAGACGGCUGUUCAAACGAACGUGAUGUGAGCGUAAAUUCUUCAGAUCUACAACACCUACAACUCUCCCAGAGUUUGUCCAGCAAGUUUAAGGUGUCUGCAGCGCUGCCUGACAGUGAUAAUGGCGAUGAUGAUGGUGAUGAUGAUGAUGAUGAUGAUGAUGAUGAUGAUGAUGAUGAUGAUGAUGAUGAUCGUACUGGUGAUGAUUUUGACGAUAAGGAUGAUGAAGAGACGGACGCUGAUGGUGAUUCUGACGACGGCGAUAAAGAAGAGGAUGGCGAUGAUGGGAGGAGGAUGGGAAGGUUAAACGUGAAAAAGGAUACGAACGGGUUCGCCGUGCUUCAAAAACUACAUAUUUCCUUACAUUCACCAAUUUCAGCAGGGAUGAUGCAGAGUUCCCAGUCUUGCAUAGUUCGUGUUUAG